AUGCAGAACCUUAGACACCUUGUCCUUGCUUUGGUUCUCUCUCUCUAUGUGAGCCGCUACCUUGGACUGUCAAAUGGUCAAAAUGCUACUGCAGUGAAGGUUGAUGUUGGGUUUAUUCUUGAUUUGAGCACAACAGCCGGAAAGGUUAGCCGGACAUGCAUUUCGAUGGCACUUACAGACUUCUAUACCAAUCACAACUACACCAGGAGGAUGAUCGUCCACCACAUCAGGGAUACCAAGAGUGAUAUUGUUGAUGCAGCAUCCAUAGCAAUAGACCUUUUGAAAAAUGUCCAAGUACAUGCAAUAUUUGGACCGCAACCAUCGACCCAAGCAGAUUUUGUCAUAGAUAUUGCGAACAAAUCAGAGGUUCCUAUAGUUUCUACAGCAACAAGUCCUGCUCUCUCACCCAAGAAAAGUCCCUACUUCAUCCGAACAGCACAGUGUUCAUCCUUUCAGGUUAAAGCAAUUGCAGCCAUUGUUAAAGCCUUCAAUUGGAGGGAGGUAGUGUUAGUCUAUGAAGACAGCACCUUUGGAAGUGGGACAAUUCCUUAUCUAACUGAUGCCCUUAUAGAGGUCAAUGCCCGGGUUCCUUAUCGCAGCGUUGUAUCUCCUUCUGCUUCGGAUGAUCAAAUCCUUCAAGAACUCUACAAGUUAAUGACCAUGCAGACUAGGGUGUUUGUGGUGCAUAUGUUACCCUCUAUUGCCUCGCGCUUUUUUCUAAAGGCGAAAGAAGUUGGAAUGAUUAGCAAGGGAUAUGCCUGGAUCAUCACAGAUGUUCUUGCAAGCCUAUUAGAUUCUACAGAUUCUACGUUUAUCAACUCUAUGCAAGGAGUUCUAGGGGUCAAGCCUUAUAUUCCAAGAUCCAAGGAACUCAACAACUUCACUCGGAGAUGGAAGAGGAGAUUUCGCCAAGAGAACCCAGACAUGGAUGAAAUUGAGCUAGAUGUGUACGGGAUAUGGGCGUAUGACAGUGUUACGGCAUUAGCAAUGGCAAUAGAGAGAACCAGUAGUGCUCCCCUACGAUUCAAGCAACAACCAGCCACUAGAGAGAAUACGACAGACUUAGCAGCUAUUGGAACCUCAGAAUGGGGACCAAAACUAGUAGAGUCUAUCAGGAAUAUCAGAUUCAAAGGAUUAAGUGGUGAUUUCCAUAUUGUUGAUGGACAAUUACAGCCAUCGGCCUACGAAAUAGUGAAUGUAAUGGGAAAUUAUGGGGGGAGGAGGAUUGGGUUUUGGACUGAAAAACAUGGCAUUUCUGAUCAAGCUAAGACAAAUGGUAGGGUUGUGUACACAGCUAAUGCCGAUGAUCUCAAAGCAAUCAUAUGGCCAGGUGAAAUUAGUGUAGUCCCAAAAGGUUGGGAAAUGCCCACAAGUGGAAAGAAGUUAAAGGUUGGGGUUCCUAUUAAAAGUGGGUUUGGUGAAUUCAUAACAGUGGACAACGAUCCAAAAACAAAUGCUACUAAUCCGUCUGGUUUUUGCGUAGAUGUGUUCAAUGAAGUCAUGGGCUCAUUGUCAUAUGCUGUCCCAUACGAGUUUGUUCCUUUUUAUUCUCCUGGUAGGGAAUAUAAUGAGCUUGUUUACCAGAUCUUUCUUGAGAAAUUUGAUGCUGUAGUUGGUGAUGUAACCAUCGUAGCAAACCGCUCCAAGUACGUUGAUUUCACAUUACCAUUCACAGAGUCUGGUGUCGCAAUGAUCGUUCCAAUCAAGUAUGAUGAGAGGAAGAAUGCAUGGAUUUUCAUGAAACCUCUAACAGCUGACCUCUGGUUAACAACCGGGGCAUUUUUUGUGUUCAUUGGCGCUGUGGUUUGGGUUCUUGAGCAUCGCGUAAACAAAGAAUUCCGAGGCCCACCUAGCAAACAAGUUGGAAUGAUAUUGUGGUUCUCCUUCUCAACGCUUGUUUUCGCCCACAAAGAGAAGUUAGUAAGCAACUUAUCAAGAUUUGUGGUGAUCGUUUGGGUGUUCGUGGUGCUGGUGCUGACAUCGAGUUACACCGCCAGUUUGACGUCGAUGUUAACAGUCCAAAAGCUUCAACCGACGAUCACUGAUAUCAACGAUCUGAUUCGGAAUGGGGAGUAUGUUGGGUACCAGAUUGGUUCCUUUGUUGAGGAACUUUUGGUGAAAAAGAAGUUGGACAAGUCCAAGUUCAGAGCGUACAGCACACUUGAAGAGUACGAUGAAGCCCUCACCAAAGGCAGUAGAAAUGGAGGCGUUGCUGCAAUUGUUGAUGAGCUCCCUUAUAUCAGGCUCUUCCUUGCAAAAUAUUGUAGAAAGUAUACCAUUGUUGGUCCCACCUACAAGACUGCAGGCUUUGGAUUUGCAUUUCCAAUGGGUUCUCCCCUCGUACCUGAGGUUUCAAGAGCAAUCUUGAACGUGACAGAGGGAGAUAAAAUGACAAGAUUUACGCAAAAAUGGUUAGGGGAUGAGGCUGACUGUCCGGAGCAAGAUGGAGCAGUUGUCACCACGGAUAGCCUGAAACUACAAAGUUUUACGGGCCUUUUCCUCGUCGCCGGGAUAUCAUCAUCUUUAGCUCUCAUUAUUUUCUUAUUGAUAUUUCUACACGAGAACAGGGACGUAUUAGCUUCCCAUGAUUCUGUCUGGCAAAAGCUCGUUGCAAUGGCGAAAAUUUUUGGUGAGGAAAAAGAGAACUCUCGUAAUGUUUCCAAAAAGAUGACCACUGAACCAAAUGAUCACGACCUGGCCACAACAGCUAAUUCUGUUCCAGAAGAUAUUAUAGCUGCUGGCUCUCCACAAAGUCCAGCCAUCAGCAUUUCCCACCACGGGGACGGGGACGACAUUUUCUCUCAGGACGAAGGGUUCUCUACAACAGAACCGGGAACUCCGAUCCAUGACUCCAUAGCCAUUACAGAAACUAUUAGAGAAAGAUGA